AUGCCAUCAAAGAAGAAAAAGUACAAUGCUCGCUUUCCGCCAGCGCGGAUAAAGAAGAUUAUGCAGUCGGACGAAGAGGUGGGCAAAGUUGCUCAAGUCGUGCCCAUCAUCAUAUCAAAGUCACUUGAAAUCUUUGUUGAGCAGCUUCUGCAGUCAUCGGCCGAAGUGACAAGGAGCAGAAACGCUCGCACGCUAACACCGACUCACAUAAAAACCUCCAUUCUUCAAAAACCUGAGUUUGGAUUUCUUCGGGAGAUUGCCCAAGGGAUACCAGACGUCUCCUCGGCACUAGAGGAAGCAGGUGACGCAGACCCUGACGCUGGACCUGUAGAUUUUAGCAUUCGAAGUCACAACAACACCACCGAGCCACCGUCUCGAAUAUCAGCAGCCACCACUCGUCCAACUCCGUCGAGCUCUUCGGGAGUGCUUAACCUCAGCAACGCUGGCGGUGCUGGGACGCCACCGAUUCAGCAGGGCCCUCGACCUCGUGGUCGGCCGCGAAAGCCACGGCCUGGUGAUGCCAACUACUCACCGCUAGUGAUACCUUCUACCGCUACUGCGCCCAGCAGCUCGCAUCCCUUACCACCAAAGAAGAACGCCGCCGGUCGUCUCAACUACUUCAACAGCAGUCCGGGGGCAAUGGUGACGCCCUCGUCGACGCCUCUUUUUGGCACAUCGCCCAGCACCAGUAGUGGCAGUGGUGGCUCGUCAUUAAAUGCCCUGACCAGUGUCAUCUCUUUGGCUGGCGGAAACUCAAAUCUGCCGCAGGUGCAGCCGCCAUCCAUUCAUCAGUACCCGCAGACGGCUACCGCCAGUGCUGCUUCACAGAGAAACAAUGCCUCUGCGAGCGCUGCCACCAAGAGGAAGACUUUCAGCUCUGACCAAGAUUCAGAUUAUGACAACAAUGGCGAUGGCUACGGCGACGAUGACGACGACGAGUCAACUGAAGAGGACUAUGACGCGGAAGAGGAUGGUGGCAAUGGCGGUGGUGCCGCCCCUCUUCGGAAGAGCGCCAAACUGGCUGCCGCCACCACCGCCAACAGUCAACAGCAGCGAGCGUCGGUGCUGGUGGCCAACCCGAGCAUAGCAAAACUGCCGCCGCCGCUGCCGAUCACCUCCACGGUCACUUCGAAUGAUGAGGACGAUGACUAUGACAACUGCUAA